UAAUGCCCAAUCCAAACGUUGUGCAAAAUCAAAAUGGAAUCAAAAAUGAAAAUGGAAUGCCAACUACAAAUGGAGUCCUAGGUUCAAACUCAGAACAAUAUCCCAGUACAAUUUAUAGUCCAAGAUUUAACCAGGAUCCAAACUCAAACGAUGAUCCAAACUCUUACCAAUACACAAAUGGAAUGAAUAGUCAAUAUUCCCAUCAAGAUUCAAACUCAAAUGAUGAUCCAAACUCUUACCAAUAUACAAAUGGAAUGAAUAGUCAAUAUUCCCAACAAGAUUCCAACUCUUACCAACAUCCAAAUGGAAUUAACAAUCAAUUUUCAAACCAAUAUCCAAAUUCACGCCAAGAUCCAAGAUACUCAAACCAAUCACCGGGGUCAAUUCACAGCUCAAGUUCAUUGCCAAAGGACCAAACUUACCAUAACCGUUUAAACUUCGCCUCAGAUAAGUUGGGGGCCAGAGUUGUCUCGGUCAGUGCCCUACCCCUUGGAAGGAGCUCCUUAUUCAAGCGGCUUCUAGCACUGGACUUUAGUUCCAAUUCGCCUGUGAAUAUGCUUCGGUCGAGUCUGAGACCCGGCGCCUGUUUUGGAUACCGCAAAAAUCAUUCAACAGUGACCAUCCAUCUGGCCAAGGCCAUCAUCGUCGAGACGAUUACCCUGAGCCACACGUCCAAGGAUAUUAUUCCUAGCACGAAUUCGACUGCACCUAAGGAUUUUGAGGUUUUCGGCAUGAAAAAGGGUUCCUCCAAGCGCGAACUAUUGGGACAAUUUACCUACAGUAACGAUGCCCUCAGACGCACUGAGAUCUACAAUGUGGACAGCCACAGCGUUUUUCAACUCUUGGUUUUCGAUUUCUACUCAAAUCAUGGCGCCGAUGUUACUUGCAUUUAUCGGUUGGAGGUCUAUGGACAUGUGCCUGAUCCUGAAUCGGAAGGGAAUGCACAGGUAGAUGAUGCCGGGAAAGGAGUUAGCUGCGGCAAGGAAUUCUGCGGAGAGGGCGAGAUAUGCGAACAAGGUGGUUGCAGGCACAGGAACAAUACUGGAGAUGGAGAUCCUUUUGGCAGUGAAGCAGAUAUCAGCGGACCAGAAGAUCCAGGAGAACCAGCAGAUGCCAUUGUAGAGAAUGAUGCCUCCGGAAAUGGAGAGGAUGUCAGCGGUCAAGGAGAUCCGGACAGGGGACAGAUCUGCGGUCUAGAUGGCGCAGCUGGCUGCAGCUCUGGCUGCAUACCAUGCCACACAGAACUUUAAUUCUGUUGACCCGCUGAUUGCUGAUUGCUGA